AUGUCUGCCACCAGUAUCAGGCCUGAGGUAGCUCUGCACAAAGCCAGGAUACCCCACAGCCUGCUGCCACCUGCCAGCUCCCUUAAGGUUCAGCCACUGAUAGCAAGCCUCAUGCGGAAUGCAAGUCGGACAGAGGUGGAGGAGACACUGAAGCAACUUCAGAGCCAGAAGGGCAUGCAGGUACCCCUCGUGGUGAACACAGAAGGCAUCCCCACCACCACGCAGGACACCACCACCACGGACAAUCCCACCACCACGCAGGAUGCCAGCCUCAUGUACAGCUUCAUCUUGAAAGUCCGGAGCACCAUACAUGACACUGACCCCCAGAAUGACCUCAUCUUCCUUCAAAUUCGCUCCAAGAAAAAUGAAAUUAUGGUCGCACCAGAUAAAGAUUAUUUCCUCAUUGUGAUUCAGAAUCCAACUGAACAAGCUGCUCUCUCAGCUCCUGGGGUCGUUCCUUAA